UAGUGGCGUGGCCCCGCCUCCUCGGCGGGGCGGCUGCGGUCACGUGUUCCGCUCGAUGCGCUCGGUGUUCGGCUCCCCCCCGCGGCCGCGCUGAGACCAGAGGGACCCCGGGCCUGUCCCGUCCUGUCCCCGCCGCCAUGUCCACCGCUAUGAACUUCAGCGCCAAGAGCUUCAAGCCGCGGCCGCCGGACAAAGGCGCCUUCCCCCUGGAUCACUUCGGGGAGUGCAGCGCCUUCAAGGAGCGGUUCAUGGAGUGUCUGCGCGACAGCGGCUACGAGAGCGGGGCCUGCCGGCAGCGCGCCAUGGCCUACCUGCAGUGCCGCAUGGACAGGCAACUUAUGGCUAACGAACCACUGGAAAAAUUGGGAUUUAAAGAUCUGAUAGAUGAAAAAUCAGAAGCAAAACCCGAGAAGUUGUAAUGAAGAAAGACAACUUCCCUCCUCGUGUAUGGAAAGCACGAUUGUUACGUAGUGCACAUUGUACGUUCUGUUCAUAGUGCAAUGGGAAGUGUUUCCUGAAGGAACUUCCCUUCAGAGGUUGAUUUUCCUAACGUAAGAUAUGUUUUUAAAUGAGCAGAAGUUCUGCCUUUGUCUGUUUUCCUCAAGUAUUUGCUAUCUAUUUUCUUUUAAUUUCUCUAGCCAGCUCUUAAAGAUCCAUGAGAACAUUUUGCCCAGGAAAACAAUUAUUGCCUGAAGCGUUCCUCGUGUCUCUGGAAGAACAGUGAAGUCUUAUUUUAAAAUAAGACAAAAAUACCCCUUUAUUGUGUAGAUCUUGAACUGUAGAUUAAUCUUAUGUGGGCAUUAAUAAUAUGCUUGCAGCAAUUGCUUGUCAGGUGGAAAUAAAGCUAUUGUGGUACUUGCAGAUUGCUUUUUAUCAAAUGCUGGUAUUAAUCCCCGUGUUUGGGGUGGUUUCCUACUCACCCUGUAUAGAAAACACUUGGGUACCUGGGUGGGGUUUUCAGUCUUUUAACCUUCGUAACUGGGAGAGUAUUUCCAGUUCCCCACACCAGCCAGGUGGUGAUCCUGCUUUUAUUUGCCAUGCCAGCCGUGUUUAUCUACUGCAUUUCAUCAUUUAACUGGGAAUCUUUCAUUAUGGAUAUAUUAAUUUCUAGAAGCACAGCUACCAUAUGUUUUCUUAAUAUCUUUAUAGCAAAAUCGGUGUGGAGACGGGAACGGUAUCCAGUUGCGUUCUAAGUAACUGAACUGUAGAAAUAAACAUGACGGGACUGUUUUAUUCUUUUAAAACAAGUGUUUUACGUUAAAAAGCAGAGUAGAAAGCUAGCUAAGGAAUACAGUAUUUCACCUCAGAAUGUAUAGCUGCAGCCCAUACACUAAGAAGGGAAUGCAGCAGGCCAUGCAGCAGACGUCUGGUCAGGCCUUACAGGUGUUUGUAUAACUUACCAUGAAUUAUCAGAGCCGGUGGGUUUUCUCUUGUAUAUACUAAUAUAAAUGAGUCUUUCUUAAUUAACGCUGAGUUCAUGCCAAAAUAAUUUUGCCUUUUAGCCCCUUAGAAAUUUCUUUUAAGCAGACGAUGAAUUUGUAAAUGGGGUGAAUUGUGCGGAUGGUUUUCUGUUUUCCACUCCAUUUCUUGCUGUCUCCCUGCUCUUUUUUUUUCUUUUAAAAGAAAUGUAGAUGCAGUGAAUAAUUUCUGUGUGUAUCUGGUGCUGGCGCUGCGCGCUUUCGGGUCUGGGCCUGCAGGCAGCGAUGCGCACACCCUUUGCCAAGGUGGUUCUCCUGCACUUUCUCCUUUAUUUGGUGUGUUCUGUUGGAUACCUCUCACCUUUCCUGCUCUCUGCUCUUACUCCUUUUGCUUCUGCUUCUCUCCACUGUGUUCACACCGAGAUCCAGGAAGGGGUAAAAGAACACUUUCUGCUCUUCGUACCGAUGGCUGGAGCCAGGAUUUAAAUUGUUGCUGAGGUCUAAUCUGAUUGAACAGACUGGAGAUAGUGCAGAGCGGGUCCCUGUUUGAAAAGAAUGUUCGCCUGCUGCUGCUUAUUUUUAUUCUGCUUCGUUCUACUGUUUAAAUUAUAUCCGUUGAGAUUAGUACGUUUAUAGAAGAGAAAGCAGAGGUUUUGUUGUUGAAACAGAUAUUAAAAGACUUUGUAUGAAA